AUGUACGCAUUGACAACAGAAGAAUAUGAAAAACACCGAGGAACUCUAUUUCGACAUUUCGCUGGACCUUCAGAUGAGCCAAGUACGAGCACAAGUCAAGAAGAAAACGCGUUCAAAACAAGAAAAUUGUUCAUCGAUAGUUAUUUCAAAAGGUUUAUUCGAUCUAUUGGUGAAACUUCGGAUAAUUUCGAUCCCUCGCGUGUGAAAUUUGAUGAUUUGGGUAUUCCACAAGAUCUGGGAAAACAGAAUUUUGUGAGAAUUCAAAAAGAAAGUCAAGGAAUACCAGCUCAUUUAGAUCACGUGAGUAAUUAAUUUAUUAUUUCAAGAAAAACAACAUUUUUCAUCAUUUUGAAUUUUCAGAUUCCUCCCUGGCUAAUAAGACACUUCGAAUAUGCCGUCCGUCUCUCAAUGGACUUUUCAAACAACCUCAAAUUCAAAAAAAUGAAAGAGUUACGCAAACUCCAAUCAGAAUUACCAAUUGCUGAGAGAUCUGAAGAAAUCGUAGAACUUCUGAAGAACAAUCAAGUUCUAAUCGUUGCCGGCGACACUGGAUGCGGUAAAUCAACACAAGUUCCACAAUAUCUUAUAAAAGCUGGGUACACUGGGAUAGCUUGCACUCAACCGAGGAGAAUUGCGUGUACAGCGCUUGCGAAGCGUGUUGCCUAUGAGACUUUGAAUCAAUAUGGAAGUGAGGUCGCUUUUCAGAUAAGGUAGGAAGGAUUAUAUCACGCGCUCUACACGCAACGCAGACCGCGUCGCGCCACAACACACUCAAAAAGGGAGGGAAUUUUCCCCUAUUUUUCCCCCUAUUUGUGUAAGUACACACGUGUGUGUUGUGGCGCGGCGCGGUCUGCGUUGCGUGUUUAUUUCGGUGGAGCGCGUGGUACCUCUAGAGAUUCCAUCAAUGGGUUUUAUAGAUUUGAGACAACAAAAUCGAAAAGAACAAAACUGCUCUUCCUCACUGAAGGACUUCUUCUCCGACAAAUGGAAAAUGAUUCACUCCUCGAUCAAUACAACGUCAUAAUCCUUGAUGAAGUUCAUGAGAGACAUCUAACAUCAGAUCUUUUGAUUGGUCUACUUCGUGAUCUAUGUUCAAAGCGGGAAGAUCUCAAGCUGAUUCUGAUGUCAGCAACAAUUAAUCUGGAUUUAUUCAAAGGUUAUUUUAAAGAUGCUCCGGUUAUUCAAGUUCCUGGAAGGUUAUAUCCAAUUGAAUUAAAAUGGCAUCCGAUUAAGCAAUUUAUUGAUGCAAGCGAGAAGAAAACACAUAAAAUUGAUCCUGAACCUUAUCAAAGAAUUCUGGAAUUAAUCGAUAAACAAUUUCCAUCAACGCAAAGGGGAGAUGCGUUGAUUUUUCUGAAUGGCGUUGCUGAAAUCUCAACUGUGGCAGAUGCACUGAAGAAUUAUGCAGAAUUAACGAAAGGCUGGAUUAUUUUGAUGUUACACAGCACACUUUCAGUUGAAGAACAGGAUAAAGUCUUCGAUGUCGCGCCAAAUGGUGUGAGGAAGUGUAUUCUAUCAACAAAUGUUGCUGAAACAUCGGUAACCAUUGAUGGAAUUCGAUUUGUGAUUGAUAGUGGCAAAGUGAAUCUAAUCAAACAUGAACCGGGGACAGGGACUCAGAAGUUAACGGAGUUUUGGGUGAGUAAAGCAUCGGCGAAUCAACGGAAAGGACGUGCUGGAAGAACUGGACCUGGGAUUUGUUAUCGAUUGUAUUCUCAAGAACAAUAUGAGAAGAUGGAUGAUUUUACGCUUUCUGAAAUAAAUCGAGUUUCGUUACAGGAAAUGUCACUGAAAAUGAUUAGUUUGAAUCUAGGGUGUAAGUUAACGCGCUCCACCGAAAUAAACACGCAACGCAGACCGCGCCGCGCCACAACACACAAAAAAGGAGGGAAUUUGAAUCGUUCCCUUGUGUUGUGGCGCGGCGCGGUCUGCGUUGCGUGUUUAUUUCGGUGGAGCGCGUGGUUUUUCGAUAAUAUACCAAAUCGGCCCUGCUGAUCACUAUUCCGAAGUCAAAAAUUGCCACAAACUCCUGUGAGCACUUUUCUGGAGCUUUGGAAAGUUAAAAUUGAGUUUUGGUUUUCGUCCCGGGUGAAAAAUCAAUUUUUAUAACUUGAAUAAGGUUGUUCACCACAUUCAAAAACCUAUCUGCUUUUUAGUUUAUCAAAAAAAUAUCAAAUAGCAGCUGAAAACUGUAAAUUUUGAAAAAGCCAUAAAAAUACACACGUUUUUUAAAGCGUUUUGGGCACAUUUAAAAAUUAAAGUUUUCAGCUGCUAAAGUUUUCAGCUGCUAAUUUUUAAAUGUGCCCAAAAAACUUCAAAAAACGUAUGUAUUUUUAUGGCUUUUUCAAAAUUUACAGUUUCCAGCUGCUAUUUGAUAUUUUUGAUAAACUAAGAUGCUGAUAGGUUUUCGAAUGUGGUGAACAACCUUAUCCAAAUUAUAAAAAUUGAUUUUUCACCCAGGACGAAAACCAAAACUCAAUUUUAACUUUCCAAAGCUCCAGAAAAGUGCUCACAGGAAUUUGUGACAAUUUUUGACUUCGGAUUCGUGAUCAGCGUGUUCGAAUUGGUAUGUUUCAUCAAAACUUCCCUUGUAAUUAAAAAUUUUCAGUGGACCCUCGAACCUUUCCAUUCAUUGAAAAACCCGCGGAAAAUGUGCUAAAUGAGGGAUUAGAAAUGUUAAAAUUCCAAGGAAUUCUCCGAACUGAUCGAGAAAAUCUGACGCUGACAGCAUUGGGGCUGACAAUCUCGAAACUGCCAGUAGAUGUUCCAAUAGCUAAGAUGCUGGUUUAUGGUUGUGUAGUUGAUCAAUUGGAAGUUAUGCUAACUGUCGCCGCUGGUUUAUCAGUUCAAUCGCCAUUUACAAAUCGCUCGUAUCGAGAGCUUGAAAUUGUUGAGAAGCGCGCGAAUUUGACGAGUCCGAUGGGUGAUCCUUUCACAUUGAUUGCGAUUUUUCGAGAAUGGGUUUUGCAGAAAACAUUUGAAGGAUCUGCGAGAAAAUGGGCGAUGGAAAAUGGAAUUGAUGAACAUCGACUUUAUGAGAUCAGCAAACUUCGAUCGCAAUAUAGACAAAUUUUGGAGGAUGCUGGAUUAGUUGAAAAGGCUUUUGAUUCUGGAGCAGAUGAUUCGAGACAAAGAAGAAUUGAUCAAGGAGAGCGACGGAAAUUAUUUGAUUUGAAAAAAGCGCAAAGAAAUAAUGAUAAAUCCAGAAAAAUAUUGAAUGCUAACAAGCAUUUCGAUACAAUUUUAAUGGAAAAAGAGGAAGAGGAUCUGGAAUUUGAAAAAGAUCCGCUAAAAGCCGAUGUUAAAACCGUCGAAUUCCUCUUAAGUCACAAGGAAAAAGAUGUUGAUUCAAUUCGAAGUUCACAUAAAUUAACGCGAAAAACAUCGGAGAUUAUUCGAGUUAUAAUAGCAGCUGGAUUAUAUCCGAAUUUUAGUAUUUUGGAUCAGAUAAACAAGUAUGGAUAUGGUCAAGAAAUGUUUGUUCAUACUCGAUUGAAGCCGUUUAGUUUACUUCAUCCGAAUAGUUCGAUUGCACAAUAUCAUCCGGAAACUAUUGAUCCAAGACAGGGUUCUGAUGGGUUUUCGAAUCUACAUCAAGUUCUGUUUUAUGGAUUGUUGCUAGAGACUACGAAACCGUAUAUUUGUAAUGUUAUGCCAACUCCAGCGAUUUAUACUUUGUUAGUGGCGAGAAAGGUAAGGAAAAAAAUUAAUAAAAAUAUUUUUUAACGAAAAAUUUUGAUUCAAAUGUCAAAAAAUAGGAAAAAAUAUAGUUUUUUUUACAUUUGAAUCGAAAUUUUUUGUUAAAAAAAAAAUAAAAACAUUUUUUUUACAAAAAAUUUCGAGAAAAUGUCAAAAAAUAGGAAAAAACAUAGUUUUUUUUACAUUUGAAUCCAAAUUUUUUGUCAAAAAAAGUUUUUUUUAUUAUUUUUUUUCAUUCAGAUCGUUAUCGAAGACUGGAAAAAAAUCAGCAUCGAUGACUUCCUCGAAAUCGAAUUCAGAAAUUCUGAAGAUUGUCGAAGUGUGAUUUUGGACGCGAAAGAAAUCAGAUAUGAAUUAACACGAGGAUUGGCAGCGAAAUUGACAUCGCAGGAGAAUUUCAGCUCUCGAAGACUUAAUAAAUAUAUCGAUUUAUUGAAUCGGACAAUAACGGAAAAAGGAGUUGCGAUAAAAUUGAAAAGGAAUAUUGAUCCGCCGAAAGUAUUGGUUGGAACUGGGAUACAUUCACCGGAUGGGGGAAUUGAUAAAGAGGUGGGGGGUUUUUUUUUUGUUUUUUAAGAAAAAAUUUGGGAUAAUCUGAAAUUAGACUAGCUCUGGAAGGUUUCUGAGCUUAAAUUUUCAGAACCUACAGUAAUCCUGAGGUAACUAUAGCUGAAAAUGUGCUAAUAAAAAUCACCGGAAAAAAUACAAUUCAAAAUGUUCAUAACAUUUUUUUUGAUUUUGGAAUUUUGAUUCUCGACUUUUAUAUUCCUAAAUAAUCUACAAUAAACCAGAAACUACAGUAACCCUUGCAUUUCGAAAAAACUACCGUAACCCAGACAGUAAUCGGAUUACUGUAGCUGAAAAAGUGCCAAAGAAAAUCACCGGAAAAAAUACGUUUCAAAAUUUUCAUAACAAUUUUUUUUAAUUUUGGAAUUGUUGAUAUUAUAUUGAAUUAUUUUCGAAAUUCAACAGUAACCCAGAAACUACAGUAAUCCUAGAAUUUUGAAAAAAAUUAUAGCAACCCAGAAACUACAGUAAUCUGAUGAUUACUGUAGCUGAAAAGGUGCCAGAGAAAAUGUUCAUAACAAAUUUUUGAUAUUCUGUCGGAUUGUUUAUGAAGUUUUACAGUAACCCAGAAACUACAGUAAUCCUAGGAUUGUUUUAAAUCUACAGUAACCCGGAAAAUACAGUAAUCUUAGUAUUACUGUAGCUGAAAAAUUGUCGAUGAAAAGAAUAACAAACUUUUGAUAUUCUGUCGGAUUGUUUUUGAAGUUUUACAGUAACCCAUAAACUACAGUAACCCUUGCAUUUCAAAAAAUCUACAGUAACCCAGAAAAUACAGUAACCGACUUUUUUAGCUGAAAAAAUUGUCGAUGAAAAUCACCGGACAAAAUACGUUUCAAAAUUUUCAUAACAAAUUUUUUUAUUUUGGAAUUUUUGAUAUACUCUUCUUUUCUUUCCUAAAUAAUCUACAGUAAUCCUAGAAUUACUGUAGCUAAAAAAGUGCCAAAGAAAAUCACCGCAAAAAUACGUUUCAAAAUUUUCAUAACAAAUUUUUUUAUUUUGCAAAAAAUCAAUUCCAGAGAAAAUUUUUCCAGGAAAACAUCGAUGAAGUAAUCGAUAGAUAUGAAGCUGAAAAUCACGAAGAUCAAGACGAAGAAGAAGAAGAAGAUGCCAAAAAGAAUCUGGAAAUUCUGAAAUCCGACGCAAUGUGUCCACCAACUCGUGAAAUGCUCGAAGAACUCGAAACAAGGAAAAAAGAGGCGCCAAAAGAAUCGUAUUAUGAAAUAUUGAAAAGAAGACAGGCUGAAAAACGGGUGAAAUUGGAGCAAGAUUGA